AUUUCAACAUGCAGUAGCAAACACAUUAAUAUGGUUUAAUAAACCAGUAAUGAAAUCCCACACGAGCAUUCAUCCCGUCGCGCAAAACAAAGCUGCUCUCAGCAUCUCUCUCACCUUGGCGCUCAAGCCAUGAACUGUGAUGAGGAAUCGACCAAAAGGAAUCCUAUCCUGCUUUGCUUGUGGCCGCCGUGCUGAGGUCGAUCCCAGAAAGCAGCACCUUGGUGCUCAAGGCACAAGGUCAGCUUUUGAGGAUUCCUGACGGUACCGUCCAUCGACGAACGGAGAAGGCAUCCUUCUUUGCUUCGGUGGUGGUUCCGCCGUAACCUCUUCCUUCCUCCACGAGCAAUGCCUUCUAAUAUGCUACGGCUGCGCCUCCCUCCACACCUCGUCAGCUGCAGCCCAUCGAUCCAUGAAUGUAUACGUCUCACCAUCGAUUUGAGUCGAUGUAGAAGUGCAGACAUCAGCGGAUCAUCUGUUUGCUUCCGCACCUUCUCCGUCUUCCGGAGUUCCUAAUGGGAUGGGUGACUCUCUACAAGCGGCGGCUCAAAGUAUUCACCACGGCAUUGCUGAUCUACCUGGACUACAAGGCCGUGCAGAUGAUAGAUAACUGGUAUAGCGGUAGCAGAAGGGAUGAUCUUUGGGAAGGAACACAUGAGCGGAAUGCUAAGCGUGUUCUCGAUUUGAUGAUCCAGUUGGAAGGUCUGUGGGUAAAGCUUGGUCAAUACCUGUCCACCCGAGCCGACGCUCUGCCAGACGCUUAUGUGCGUCUUCUCAAACGGCUGCAGGACUCUCUUCCUCGUCGGCCACUGGAAGAGGUUCGCCAAACUAUAGAGAAGGAGCUGGGGAAACCUAUGAAUGAUAUCUUCUCUCAUUUUGUUGAGGAACCCCUUGCUACUGCAUCUGUGGCACAAGUUCACCGUGCAACUCUGAGAGAUGGGCAGGAUGUGGUUGUUAAAGUUCAACAUGCGGGCAUCAAGGAAGUCAUCUUAGAGGACUUGAAGAAUGCCAAAUCAAUAACGGACUGGAUAGCAUGGGCAGAGCCACAAUAUGACUUCAAUCCAAUGAUAGAUGAAUGGUGCAAGGAGGCACCUAAAGAACUUGAUUUCAAUCAUGAAGCCGAAAACACAAGAAGAGUUUCCGAAAACCUGCGACUCAAAAAUGAGCUCGAUGGCAUGAAUAGAGUAGAUGUGCUGAUCCCAGAAAUUAUUCAGUCAUCCGAGAUGGUCCUUCUGCUGCAAUACAUGGAUGGGAUUCGAUUGAAUGAUAAUGUUUCUCUGGAAGCAUAUGAGGUGGACAAGCAAAAGCUUGUUGAAGAGAUCACACGUGCAUAUGCUCAUCAAAUCUAUGUUGAUGGGUUCUUCAAUGGUGAUCCACAUCCAGGAAAUUUUCUUGUGUGCAAGGAACACCCAAAUCGCCCUAUUCUGCUGGACUUUGGCCUCACCAAGUCAAUAUCAAGCUCUAUGAAACAGGCACUAGCAAAAAUGUUUCUGGCAUGUGCUGAGGAGGACCAUGUGGCUCUCUUAGCUGCCUUCACAAUGAUGGGACUUAAGUUGCGGCUUGAUAUGCCAGAGCAGGCUAUGAACCUUGCAAAAAUAUUUUUCCGCACUGCAGCGCUGCCAAGUCAAGCAUUUGAAAAUGUGCAAUCUAUCGCUGAUCAAAGACAGAAGGAUAGGAAGGUUAUUCAAGAGAAGAUGAAGUUGAACAAGAAGGAAGCUAAACACUUUAAUCCUAUUGAUGCUUUCCCAGGUGAUGCAGUUAUAUUUAUGAGGGUGUUGGAACUUCUUCGAGGGCUUUCUUCAACUCUAAAUGUUCGUGUUGUUUAUUUGGACAUCAUGCGACCAUUUGCUGAGGCAACACUACUAGGGGGCAUCAAGACUGGACCAGCAGUGAAUAACCAAUGGAUCUAUGAUUCACCAGUUCACUCUGAUUUGGAGGCUAAGUUGAGGCAGCUCCUGAUUGCGCUUGGAAGUGAGAAAAUACUUGGGAUACAAGUGUGUGCAUACAAAGACGGGAAGGUGAUCAUAGAUACUGCAGCUGGGGUGAUGGGGAGAUACGACCCUCGGCCUGUUCAUCCUGACACCUUGUUUCCAGUCUUCUCAGUAACACAAGGAAUCACUGCUGCGAUGGUGCAUUGGCUGGUUGAUAAGGGGAAACUCAAGCUGGACGAAGCCAUAGCAAACAUUUGGCCAGAGUUCAGUGGCAGCAAAAAGGAUCAAAUAAAGGUUCAUCAUGUACUCAACCACUCAUCUGGUUUGCACAAUGCUAUGUCUGAUGUCAUGAGGAGCAACCCUUUGCUAAUGUGUGAUUGGGAGAAAUCUCUACAGCUUAUUGCUAGUUCAGUUCCUGAGACAGAACCAGGUUCCCAACAACUAUACCACCACUUGUCCUUUGGUUGGCUUUGUGGUGGUGUAAUAGAGCAUGCAUCUGGAAAGAAAUUUCAACAAUUACUGGAAGAGGCUUUUAUUCACCCUCUCAACAUUGAAGGAGAACUUUAUAUCGGCAUUCCUCCAGGAGUGGAGUCUCGGCUGGCGACGCUCGCCGUCGACACCGAGGACCUGCAAACUCUCCUCGAGAUCGAGGCGAGGCAGGAAAUGGCGCCGCCCAGCUCGCACCAGGGCAACGUAGCAGAUACGAUGUCUUCCCUCCCCGUCCUCUUCAACAAUCUCAACACCCGACGAGCCAUAAUCCCCGCAGCCAACGCGCACUGCUCCGCCCGUGCCCUGGCACGCUUCUACGCAGCCCUCGCCAAUGGCGGAUCCACCCUUCCACCGCACUCCCUCCUCUCCAAGCCUCCCCUCGGCAGCCAUGUCCACACUCCAACCUUUCCUCCCCUGAAGCGUCCCAAGAAGAAUUGGCGAGUCAAGUGGACACAGAACAAGAACAGCAGCCUCACAGAUAUCAGCAUCGACGACGGUGGGCCGAAGAACACCAGAACCAUAUUUCGCAGCCCCACUAUCCACGACGCUUUCAUGGGCGUGGGCGAUUACUCCGGCAUGGCAAUUCCAAAUGGCAGGUUUGGGCUCGGGUUUAGGAGAUUCAACACUACGACUGGCGAUCUGAGGGGCUUUGGCCAUGCCGGAGUUGGUGGAUCUUCUGCAGUCUGUGAUACUGAGCACAACUUCUCGAUUGCAGUCACAGUGAACAAGAUGGGAUUGGGUGGUGUGACAGGGAGCAUACUGCAGCUGGUUUGCUCUGAGCUUAACAUUGAGCUCAACCUUCCCCUACCUGAAGAGUUCUCCGGGUUUGGGUAGCUACAGGUUUGUGCAAAACUGGACCCGAUCCGACCCGCUACUGUGACUCUGAACCCGGAUGGAAUCCUUCUCGGAUCCGCAACGGGG